CGUAAUCAGUGAAUUGUUUAUGUACUGCUGUCAUUGAAGUGGUGGCGUGUUUUCGUUUUGUUUGUGUGUGGGGGGAGGAGUCGGAAGUGAGAAAGAAGAAUGGCUGCAGAUACCAGUCGGGAGAAAUAUUAUUUGGAGCUUUCACCGAAUCCGAUCCGUUUCGAAGCUGUGAGCAAAGUUACAAAUGUAUUUUUUGAUGAUUCCAAUAAACAGGUAUUUGCUGUAAGAUCUGGAGGAGUAACUGGGGUGGUUGUGAAAGGUCCAACAGAGGAGACAACAACAAGUUUUCGAAUGGAAGAUAAAGGACCUGUUAUUUCCAUCAAAUUCUCACCAAAUCAGCAAGUUUUGGCUAUACAACGCACAAAAACUUCAGUGGAAUUCAUCAACUUCCUGGGUGAAAUGGACUCAGUGGAAUAUUCCCAAAGUUGUAAAGGAAAGAAUACAACAAUCUUAGGUUUUGUCUGGACCUAUGUGAAUGAAAUAGUAUUUGUUACUGAUCAUGGUGUGGAGCUGUUUCAGGUUGUCCCAGAAAAGCAUACAUUGAAGGCCCUCAAAUCAUACAGUCUCAGUGUUAACUGGUUUGUGUACUGCCCACAAAGUUGUCUUGUUCUACUCUCUUCUGGAACACUAGGGAAUCAAGUACAACCUCUACAUUUUAAGCAAGGCAGUAUAAACAAACUCAACAAACUUGAGAUUGAGCUUCCUGUAAUUCCAAAACCACCAAAGUUAUGCCUUUUGGCAAGGGAUGUAAUAUUGGCUGUGCUGUAUGGACAACCAAGUAUUGUUGUUCUUCGUCAUCAACCUAGGGGUGUUGGCUCACCUGGCGCUGAAGUGGUUGUGUACACCAUUCAAAAGAUGCUGAUGGCAAAAAAGACUCACAUUCUGCGAUUGGAUAUGAGUGGGCGUUUUGCAAUUAACGUUGUUGAUAAUUUGAUUGUUGUUCAUCAUCAGGCAUCAAAGACAUCUAUGCUCUUUGACAUCAACAUGAAUGGAGAAUCAGAUGGCUUUGUGUCAUAUCAUCAGCCAGUAGCAAAUCCAAGGCCAAUUAAACCAUUCAGCCUCCGACUUCCACCUGCCACAACGACACAGGUUCUGAAUGAACCUGCACAAAUGAGCUGUGAUCUCUACUCUCCUAACUGGAUUUUGUUUCAGCCAAAUAUUGUAAUUGAUGCCAAAAUAGGGUGUCUAUGGUAUGUUGAACUUAAUCUGGAGCCACUGGUAGAGCUAAUACCUGACAGGUGUUUGCUUGUGGAUUUCCUCAUGCAGCGCAAAGAUUCCAAGUCAGUCAUCAUCCAAGUUUUACAAGAUAUUUUAAAACCCACAGAACAAAACCGUGCUUAUCUUGUAGUCAUAUCAGAGCUAUUUGAUCACUUGAAUGAUGUUUACUGGAGUUUUUUGGAAGUCGAAAUGCAGAGCCAGAUGGGAACCCCGGCAUCAACUGGUCUGAGUGUAAGUUCAGCCAAACCUACUGUCCCUGCAGUACCAAAGGCAUCUGUUGUCAUAGACCAGGCUGAUCUGUACACAAAUGUCUUUUCAAAAUAUGCUGACCACAGUAAGGAAGAAGAGACCAGAGGAGGUGGCAAAUUUGUGGUGUGGGUGUUGUUGGAGUACAUCCGUUCUCUGACAGAUUAUCACAUACCAGUGCAACACUAUCUUCAUGAACUAGUGAUUAAUUCAUUAGUUCACUAUAAGGCAUAUUACCAGUUGCAUCAGUUGCUGCAGUACCAUGUGGUAUCAGAUUCCAAACCACUGGCAUGCCUGUUGCUGUCACUGGAAAACCUAUACCCAGCUGCUCAUCAACUUGCACUGGAUAUGCUGAAGCGUCUUUCAACAGCCAAUGAAGAAAUAAUUGAGGUUCUUCUCUCAAAGCAGCAGAUAUUGUCAGCACUGAGGUUUGUACGAAGUGCGGGUGUUGCUGAUCAAGUCUCAUCUCGCAAAUUUCUUGAAGCUGCAAAAUCCUGUGGUGAUCCAGCAAUAUUUUAUGCUGUUUUCAAAUUUUUUGAAAGCAGAAAUCAAAGACUGAAAGGAAGUGCUUCAUUUGCUAAAGGUGAACAUUGUGAAGUAUAUGUCAAGCAUUUCCAAGCAUUAUUUGGAGAAUCAGCACUUGCUGCUGGUGACUUGUCAGCCUAUUAGUUAAUACAAAAAUGUAUAUUUUGUUAUUUGUUUACAUAAUAAAUGUUUAAAAUUUGA